AUGCCGUUUACAUCAAAAAAGCGAAAAUCUACAUCAACAGUUGGAUUAGCGAAUAUAUCAAUAUCAUCGAAUGUAGCUAUAGGCACGUUCACGCUUCUACUGCUUAUUGCACAAAUCAUCAAUGGACAAUCGAAUCCACCUCAAACGUGUCCAACGGCAAAUGACAUCAGUCCAUGUCAAUGUCAAGUGAAAAAGAAUGGCUUGGAUAUAUUGUGUGAGGCGACGGAUGUGACACAUAUCACACAUGCCAUGACCGUCCUUAAGCCCAAGAGUCCCAUCAUAUUUUAUCUAAAACUUCGUCAUAAUAAUUUACCUAAAUUGCAAAGCUUCAUUUUUCUUGCUUUGGAUAUUCGGCAUUUGACCAUACAUAAUAGCUCACUUGCUGUUAUUGAAGAGACGGCGCUCAGCUCAUUGGGCAAGGGAUUAACACAGCUGGAUGUAUCACAAAAUCAAUUACAAAAUGUCCCAUCGAGUACAUUGAAGCAUCUUCAUCAUCUGUUGAUUUUGAAUUUAAAUCACAACAAAAUAGCUGUUGUACACAAUCAGGCGUUUGUGGGACUCGACACACUCGAAAUAUUGACAUUGUACGAGAAUAAAAUUUCGAAUAUAGAACCGGAGGCGUUUCGAGGACUUGACAAGAAACUUAAACGACUGAAUUUGGGUGGAAAUCAUUUGACUACAAUCCCACAAAAAGCCCUCGGAAUAUUUGACAAUUUGAAGAAGCUUGAAAUUCAAGAGAAUCGAAUUGAGACAAUAAAAGAGGGUGAUUUUGAGGGCUUGAGGAAUUUAGAUUCGCUCAUUCUUGCACACAACAAGCUACGAACAAUACCGGGUCGAGUUUUCUCACACUUACGACAGCUAAAUUCUUUGGAACUUGAGGGUAAUCUGAUAACAUCCGUUGAUGCGGAAGCAUUUGCUGGAUUAGAAGAAAAUCUUCAAUAUUUACGUCUUGGGGAUAAUGACUUACACAUGAUACCUAGUGAGUCGUUAAAGCGUUUACAUCGGCUAAGACAUUUGGAUUUGCGAUCGAAUAACAUCAGUUACAUACCGGAAGAUGCUUUUGUGGGAUAUGGAGAUUCAAUUACAUUCUUGAAUCUUCAGAAAAAUGACAUUAAAAGUUUACCAGCAAUGGCGUUUGAGAAUCUCAAUUCAUUGGAAACAUUAAGUAUUCAGAACAACAAGCUAACGCGCAUACCUGAAGAAGUUAUGGAGCCUGUAAUUGAUACAUUGCGUGUCGUCGAUAUAAUGGAUAAUCCUCUGAUUUGCUCAUGCGAUUUAAUGUGGUUCCCAAACUUGUUGAAAGAGUUGAAGAAUCGUGAUGACGAAAUGACGCAGAAGAAGCGACCAAUGUGCACAAUGUUGAAUGAGCAUCGAGAAUAUUUCGUUCAAAGUAUGCCACUGGAAAGGAUGAAUUGUAUCGGUAAGAAUCUUGGACGUUCAGCGAUGAGCAGUAGUGGUGGUGUUGUCGUAACAAGUACGACUCUAAUUAUAUUAAUUCUUAGUUUCUUAUGUGCUUGCUUGUCAUAA